AUGGACCCAUCACGGACGACGUUAGAAGACUGGCUGGACGAGCUUUGUGCUCGCUUCCUGAAUAAUCUCCCAAAGGAGGAGUUGCAGGAAUUCAGCAGAAUCGGCAUGCAUCUCGAAGAAGCACAAUGGUUCUACGAAGACUUCAUCCGGCCCUUGAACCCCACCACCCUGCCAAACCUCAGGAUACGAGAUUUCAGUCUGCGAAUCCUCCAGCAUUGUCCCGUCACCUCCAUCGCCUCGCUCGACAUCCUUGAAAAGGCAUACGAUAACUGGGUUGCCUACAAAAAACGGAUACCAGUGCGGGGCCUGAUCAUGCUCAACGAGGCCAUGGACUCAGCCGUGCUCGUCAAGGGUUGGAAGUCCAGCGCCAACUGGAGCUUCCCCCGCGGCAAGAUCAACCAGGAGGAGGACGACUUGCAUUGCGCGAUACGUGAAGUCUACGAGGAAACCGGCUUCAACGUGGAGGAGGCCGGGUUGAUACCGCACAACCGGAAAGUCAAAUACUUCGAGCAGACAAUCAGGGAUCAGCAUCUGCGCCUCUACGUGAUCCCAAACGUACCCAUGGAUACACAUUUUGAACCCAGGACAAGAAAAGAGAUCUCCAAGAUCCAAUGGUACAAGCUGGUUGACCUUCCCGGGCGUGUCAAGAAGAAACAAGCACAAGAUAAUGCUGCGGGCCCAAAUGCUUCCAAGUUCUACAUGGUAGCGCCCUUCAUGGAGCCUUUGAAUAGAUGGAUCAAGCACGAGAUCAAGAAGAAGGACAAGAUGAGGAACAGUCGCCGGUCUGGCCCUGCUUUGCAGGCCGAGAUGGAUGAAAUCAUGACGGAGGAGGAGGGCACCGCGACAGAAACCAGGACGGAUCUGCCUCCGCCCUCAGAUGCUAAAGACCACGUCCAUGAGGCUGCAACUCGAGAGCUCCAAAGACUCUUGAAGAUCCAGCCGCAGGCGCAGGCUCCACAGCCGGCGGCGCCCCCAGAUCUGAGCCAGGAUCGCGGCCAGGCGCUUCUGGCAAUGUUACAGCAACAGAGGGACGCGCCGAGCGAGAGCCAGCUUGGGAGAGCUCCACCUGAUGCUCAUGUACCGCACACACCCUUGGAUCAUGUACACAACGUCGCCCCGAUCCCUCAAAAUCCCCACCAUAAUCACUCCUCUCAUCGACUUCCAGCGUACCAGCCAGCGCAUCCUCCUUUUCCUUCACAGCCAGACAUGAACAGUCAGCUUCUGUCUGUCCUUGGCGCUGGGGGCGCACCCGCAAGGCCCGCGCCGCAGCAAGGACAGGCGACAUACCAGCAGCCAUCAGCACAAUACACCCCGAACAGCGUUAAUCAGCCAGGCUUGGUACACCCGCAGCCUCUACCUCGUCAAGCGAACCACCUCUUGGCGAAUGCCCUGGGGCCCAACCCGGCCCCUGACAAUAGGACCGGCCAGAUGUACCAGCAAGCGAGCAUGUGGCCGCAGUUCGCUGCAGGUAUGGGAGCGUCGCAACAUAUGCCGCAACACAGCGCGGCCACCUCGCGUCUGCAGGCAGCGCCUCUGGAUAAUGCCCGUCAAGCUCUGCUUGAUGCUUUCAAGAAGGACACCACCCCGGCACAGAAGCUUGCACAGCAGUCUGCACAGCAGCAUGUGCAGCAAAGUCCAGCUUCGCAAAAUCGCGUGGAAGGGGGCCAGAGACCAAACCAGCAGCUGACAUCGCAGAACCUGGCCGCCUUGGCAUCAACAUAUUCUCCCGGACGGCAUGGCGGGCAGCCUAUGCAGGCCCCAACAAAUGGAAGCCCUCAAAUUGCUGCCGCUCAAGCGGCUCUGAGGCCGUCAAAUGUGCCAGAGAGCCAGAGAACUGCACUGCUGGACAUUUUCAAGCAAGCUGCGACCGCGUCUCCCACACGCCAAGGGGCUCAAUUGAACUUGAAAGAGAACAACUCUCCAAAGCGGCAACAGCAGCAACCUGCUCUUCUCGGCGGGGGCUCAUCGGUCGCACAGAUGAACAAUGGCUCAACCCAGCUGAACCUGGGACUCCCUUAUGGUGCGCCUUUUGGGGCACAAUACCCCGCGGCUCGUCCUCGGGACGGUGAGCCUGGCAACAUUCUACCGCAAUCACAUCUGGGGCCGGUGCCACAAAACGUCGAGAAUAUCGGUCGUGGUCCCCACAGCUAUUCCACAACCGGGCUGCCUUAUAGCGGCACUUCUCGGCCUGCGCAGUCUCAAGCGCAAGGUGGCAUGGCCACCCUCCCCAACGUGGCUCAGCAUCACCAGGCGGCGGAUCCCCAGCAGCUGCAGAAACUGAUGUCUUUGUUCAAUAAAGAGUCACCAACCAUAAGCUCGCAGGCGCCUCCAUCGAGUUCGUAUAAUCCGGUCGCAACGCAAAGCAGCAACAACCCUGCCUUGUUCAACAUGGGAAGGCUCGCAGCCCAGCUACCCAACGCGGGCUCGAAUCUUGUCCCGCCUGGAACCUCCCAGGGCUUGGACGGGGCCAGCAGCUCCGCGUCGAUGUCGCGUCGCGGUAGCCAGCAGGCGCCGAUAUCGCCCGAGAACGAGAAGUUCCUGCUAAACUAUCUCAAGACUGUCAGUAGCUCUGCGAAAUAG